AUGGUCCAACUCGGCUUGAUCCUUUUCCAGGCACUGGGCUUGUCCGCUCUUGCCAAUGCCGGCCUGAUUCCCCGACAAGACACGCGGCCCAUCUAUGCCAUUGCCCACCGAGUGAUCCGAAACUCGGCCGUGACGGCGGCCCUCGACCACGGCGCCAACGCCAUUGAGAUCGACCUGACCCCCGAGAAGAACGGAUGGUACGCAGACCACGACGGCAAGGGUACGACGGCCGGCGGUACAGCCCGCGAGGUGCUGGAGUUCAUGGCGAAGCAGCGGGACAACGGCAAGGCCCUGACAUUCGUGUGGCUGGAUGUCAAGGACCCCGACCACUGCGAGAAGGGCUCGCCGUGCUCGAUCGAGGCGCUGCGCGACAUCGUCCGCGACACGCUGGGCAAGUCGGGCGUGCGCGCGCUCUGGGGCUUCUACCAAACCCAGACCACCCGCUCGUUCAAGGUGAUCCGCGACGGGCUGGACAAGAACGAGGCGAUGACCUUCUCGGGCGAGCACCAGGAGAUUGUCGACACGUACAGCAAGGACGCACCGGACGUGCCCAUCAAGCAGCGGGUCGGCGACUACGGCGCCGCGCACAUCGCCGAUGGUUUCGGCGACUGCACCGAGAAGAGCUACAACACCUGCACCGAGCUCAAGCAGACCAGCGCCGAGCGCGACGACGGCAAGCUCGGCAAGGUGCUCAGCUGGACCAGUGACAAGACUGACACCAAACGCGUCGAGCAGCUGCUCGGCACCGCCCACAUCGACGGCAUCAUCUACGGCUACCACAUGGCCGACUACGACCAGAACGCCAAGCAGGCCUUUGACGACAUCAAGAACUACGUCGACAAGAACAAGGACACCCUCCGCAUGGCGAGCCGCGAUGACGUUCCCUGGUAG